CAGAUAGGGUUAUCUUGACAUACGGCACAUGUACUCCAGUACCCGUUUUUCAACUGUUAUCAAGGCCUCUAAAACAUUACACUGUGUUCAGUGGGCAAUAACCCUGAAAAUGGCUUCCCGUUCGAUUUACUACGAAAGAUACAGUCUGGCAUAACGAGGCUUCACUGUACAUGAUUGUGGGAUUUCAGACUGUACACAAAGGCCAGACUGGUCAUCAUGCAAAGAGUUGUUAAACCCACUGAGGCAUAUACACGAGACGGGUAUCGAGUAUCACAGAACCAUCUACGUCCUGGUUGUAGGUGAAUAUCACCCUGAGUAUUUCACCCCAGAGAAGUACAUCUAAAUUAAGUUUAUCAUGGACGUCUUGUUGACUCUCGUUUUCCUCUCACUGCCGUCAGUAAGCUCAGGUCUACAGACCUGCUCCUCUGGGACUGAGACCAGUUCUAACCAAAUCAUACUGGACGUGUCUACAACACAGAUCAACAGAUUGGGAGGCGUGUGUUCCUGUAGACUGACUGUGUCACAGAUCAACACUGGGGCAGAGACAGAUGUGGAGAUGUUCCCUAAUGGCUGGACACAGGGGUGCGAUACAUACAUGACUAUACCGAAGUGGAGCACGGGGACACAGUGUACAAAUGGCGUUGUUCAAAUUCCACCUGCACAGUCUCACACCGUCACGACUGAUGAUGAAGUACGGAUACUGGUGGUGGCUUUACUUCCUGGAACCAGAGGAUUGUCAGGACAGCUGCAGUUUAAACUUAAGUCAUCAUUAGACUUGCUAAACAUUGAGUGUUUUGAGCCAAACACUAACAGUUCCCAAACUGCAACUUCUUCAACAACAUCACCUGCUGGAUCAACUGACGGGACAUGGUCUACUACACCUACGGCAACUGAGAUCCCCAAGACAACAGGUCAACCGAGCAUCAUUUACUUUCCAGUUGGUAUCCUUGCCGCUGGACUUGCUACAGUAGCUGUGCUAGUCGUCAUGGCUUGUGGAACAUACGUCGCCAUAUCAAGACGAAGACGCCGGACAUCCCACCGUCAGAAGCCUGCAGCUAACGACAUUCCGAUCUCUGUUGUCCAUCCCACCUACUCAGGGCUCACGUCCAGAACAGAGGAGCCAAACAGCAUCUAUGACACAAUAGACAAUCCAUAUACCAGUGUGCCAUAGACAGACACAGUAAUUUGUUUUGUGUCUUGUGACACUGGACUCUGAAGUUUGUUCCCCUGGUUAACACAAUAACUGACCUUUAAUUGGAUACAUCUGGCAUCUUUCUCACACCAUGCUGUGUAAACUCAGUCCUACUCCCUACUUCAUCUCGUGUGACCAAAGGGCCAUUUACACCUGUCCGUAUUUUUUCCCGUCGAUCCGUAUCCGCAAAAAUCGGUUUUGUAGAAAAUACACUGGGGCAUCAUCACGUAUCAACUUAAUCUUUGUCAGUGGUGUUUUAACUGAAACCUUGCUUGUUGUCAUCAUUAAGCCCAUUAACAACACCAAAGGCGAUCCUGGGGACCCAGGUACCCAGGGGUAUAUUAAUUAUAAGUUUCUUGGGUAAAGUUUUCACCUCCAUUUUGAAUAGCCGACUCCAAGCCUACUCUUACCAUUUUGGGCUAAUUGGCAAAGCCCAAGCCGGGUUCAGGAAAAAAACUUUUCAACAACUGAUAACAUAAUUUAAUCUUAAAACCACUCGUCGAGGUAUACUCAAACCAUAAUAAGAGGCUGUAUUGUGUUUUUAUUGAUUUUUGUAAGGCCUUCGAUACGGUUUGGUAUUAUGACCUUUGGUACAAAAUGAUUCAAAGUAAUAUGUAUAUAUAGGCGAGGGAAUCACUCAAGCUAUAAAAACUAUAUCAUACCAA